AUGGACGACGACAUUGAAUUCGACGCGGAUAUCAUCCCACUGCACACACCGCGACGUGGUGGCGGCGGUGCACAGACCGAAGGAGGGGAGGAGGAAUCUCUCUCCCCGCUGGAACAGGAAGUCCUCGAUGAGUAUGCGAGAUUGGUGGGGAAUCUGGAUGAUGUGAGUUUUGUUUGUUUGUUUCCUCCUCCUCCUCGAAAUCUCCUGAAGCCACUGGCAAAAGUAAAAACAACCAACAAAAAGAAAAAAAGAAACUGAUGUUGGAGAUAUAUUGAUUGUGAUGCUUCUAGUUGGCGGCACUCCUGGCGGACUUGGCGAGCAAGCCUUCUGCGGAAAUCCUGGAUGCGUUGAGGGGACUGGAGAGGAAGACGACGACGGUGUUUACGUUGUUGAAGGCGAGUGUGUAUAGUAUUGUGUUGCAGCAGGAGAUUAAUGAGGGGGGUGGGGAGGGCAUGGAUGGGGAGUGA